AUGAGUUGGCAUCCAUCAUCCGCAAGAGCUCGGGGUCUUUCCAACCCGUACAUCUCAGAUUUCCCUUCGGAUAGCUAUGCCGGUAUGGGAGCCGUGUCUGAUCAGUACCUCAACUCCGCCGUCUACGGCCAGAACAUGAUAUCAUAUCCUAUGACUGCCGACCCUUCAUUCUCUCCUAACGACUACUUCCCUGUGUACUCAGCCAUGCAGGAGGAUUUUCCGCUACCGCAACACACGCCGACACUCAUGACUGGCUCACAGGUCGACCCAAUGGGAUGGGAUUUCAGCACCAUGUCAACUGAUAUGUCAACAAUAUCGCACCCAGCCUCCGACAACUGGAACCUCGACAUGCUGUCAAUGGGCACCAACAUCCCCCCACCAGAGACAACAUGUCCAAGCUACGUCAACAUGCCCUCCCCAGGUGAACUGAGUGGCCCAUCAACACCCGACUUCCUCCCUAUUCAACAAUUCGAAGUUCCCUUCCAGCCCACCGCCGAGCCUAAGAGGACCGCAAAGGCGGAAGAAGAACUGGUUGGCAUGGGCCUCUACAGUCAACCCAACGGAACACUAGCACGAGCCCCGCAGAGCAAAUUAGGCGAGGGCCUGAAACUCGAAGAGACAUUCACCCCAUCCGACGAAGACAAGGGCGAGACGGAUCCGGAGGUCGAGAUCAUUGGUCAUAAUGAAUUACCCCAACAACCAACCUACCAUGAAUCUACAUCUACCAUUCGCCAGUCGAACUACGCUUCCAAGCAACAACCCAAACAGGCUCUGAACCUGCUCCAGCGGUCUUUCUUUUUUGACCACGAUGAUACGGAUCAGCAGCCAAUGGCUGCUGCGCAGCCUUUUACUGGUUUCAAUCAACCCUGCAUGAACUACGGGUAUGGCUGGAUCUGA